UCUCCUGUCGGGGAAGAAAGACCUCACUGACCGUUUCUUGAUUGCCGUCAGUAAACUGGCUGUGGACCCUUCACAGGAAGUCAGGUUGUUUUGCCUAUUGAUGGCAGCUGUGGGCAUACAAGCACAACAGACACCUUCUAUAAAUGACCUCAACGCUGAAUGCCUUGGUAACGUUAUUCGUUUGAGUGUCGCUCCUCUUUUUGAAGAUGUUGAUGCUGUCUUCAAUGACACACAAAUCAUAAACCUGACGCCUGGCCUUGCUACUCAGUGUGGAUUCAGCUUUAAAUUUGACCCCAUGGGGAAUGCCAUGUUUUUUGCUUCUCUUCAAAACUGCUUUUCCCAAAACAUGGAUGAUAAGAUGUUCAGCUUGGUCAUGCAGUUCAGGCUGCCAGGAAACCACAUGACUGAAGACCCUGUUUAUAGAGUUGGCAAAACCUGUAGCUACACCCCCUGGACCUCCCGAGAGAUUCUGUGCGACCGCAACUACAUGGAGGUGUCUGUCAGAAGGACUCUUCCAGACAUCCAAACCAUCCCCAAACAGCCCACUGGGGGCCCGAAAGCAAGGAGCGGCAACUUCCGGAGGGGAGCUGAGGCUGUUGCUUCAGGAUACAAAAUGACAGCAGUCGUCUUUAGUCCUAGCAAGAAUGUCAUGAAUGUGGAUGAGGUCCAAAGAAAGGGCUAUGCAAUAGCCAACACUCCCACACGGCUGGUGUUAAGAAGCCCUCAUAAUGCAGAGGAGACAUACCUCCAGAAUGUAGCUGGGGUUCCGAUGCGGGUGCUCUCAACCUCAACCUUCUUUGAGCAGAAGUGGCUGGUUACUCGAGUAGAUGCCACGGCUGUUUGUCCAACACCAGAGGCAGUGGCCUUUACUCCAGAAGUGAUCACCUGGUACAUGCCCAAGCACAUAGACCCACUUUUCUCCUCUGAUGCCUUCACCAUGUUGGAGGUGUACAUGGGAAUUGACGCUAAGAGGCUGGACACUGAGGAAAUGGCUGCCAGAAACUACUCGGUUUUAGUCACAGAGGCUCAUAUUAUUGUUGAAAUUCCGGUGGGGGCGGUUGGCGGCUACUUCAAGAGCCAUAUUCAGGAUGACCAGUACUUUGUCACUUACACCAUUGAGCCCAUGCUUGAGUUGCUGUGGAUCGAGGAGGUCGCACACGAGAACACCAGCUAUAAAGUCCUCUUCCCUAUCACAACACCUCCGAUGGCCAGGCCUCCACAAGUUCGCAACUACACGCCCUUAGACACAGUUCCUGAGCAGGCAGUGUUUGUGCUUGAGUUGGGGACCUUCAACCUUGAUGUGGAGCUGCUGAACAUCACCUUUCCCACCAUGGUGCUAACUGUUGCAGAGUGCAACGCCAGGGGCUUCAAUGUUCAAGAGCAGAGAUCCCCGGACAACACCUUGAAGACCUUCAGGAUGGAGGUGCCCUUCUCAGACCCGGUGGUCUUUAAGGAGAGAAGGGCGGAACAAGGUGUCACAACCUUCACUCUUCAGCUGAUCUACGGCCUGGUCAUCUUUCCAGAGUACGCUCCUUUCUCUCACUCUGCCGUUGUGGACGCUGUACUGCUGGACAUUGUGCCACCCUCAGUCACUGGCAACUGUGAUCAGGAGAACUUCCACAUCACUGUGGACUACAGGAACCAAGAGCCCUUUUUUGUGGUCUUGGUUGGCAAGCGGCUGCUUAACCAUGAGUUUGCUCAACAGUAUUUAACAGAGGGCGACACAGACUUCACCAUCACGUUGCCCUUCUCUUCGCCGGACGCAGUGUUUGAGUCGGUUCACUCGUCCUCUGUCAGGAGCAGACUGGAUGUGGCUCUGUUGAAUCCUUACAACAACAUGACCAUCAAAUACUUUUCCCUGGCUUGCAGCUUCCUCAAAACGCUGACUGAGUGUUUCUCUAACGGAACGAUGACUGCGCUGGCAGUGAAGGUGGAGUCUGCUCCCGGUCUGAACCCCGGUCAGCUGACCCUGAGCGACCCCGCCUGUGGUCCCACCUACAGUGACGAUCGCUUCGCCUACUUCCACUUCACUGUGAACUCCUGUGGCACCACCAGGAAGUUUAUCAACAAUGUCAUGCUGUAUGAGAACGAAAUCUCCUUGCCAGAUGAACUUGAGGUGAAGCUGAAUGCCACGACGUCUUCAGAGGAGGAAUAUCAGUUAAAGGUUUCCUGCUACUAUGUGGCCAACAUCACUCGCACAUUGGCCUUUCUGACCAGGCCGCGUGACAACGAGCCUUUUGCCGAGACUGGGACUGGUCGACUAAUGGUCAGAAUGAGACUCGCUCAGGACGCCUCGUAUAACACGUUCCACCAGGAGGAGGACUAUCCAGUGGUGAGGUACCUUAGACAGCCUCUGCACUUUGAGGUGGAGCUGACCACGUCCUCUGAUCCCAAGGUAGCGCUGGUGCUUGACCACUGCUGGGCCACCCUCAACGAGGACCGUGACUCCCGACCCCGGUGGAAUCUCAUCAUUAAUGGCUGUGAGAACCCCGAGGAUCCAUACCGUGUGGUCUUCCACCCAGUAGAAGCUGACGCCAGGGUCCACUUCCCCUCUCACGUCAAACGCUUUGAGGUCUAUAUGUUUUCCUUCGCCGAGGAUGCGGUUGAGCAGAGUGGCCAGGUCUUUGUCCAUUGUGAUGUGGUCAUCUGUGAUGCCAGUAGUCCCACUGGCGGCCCCUGUAGUGGACAAUGUGUGAAUCAGGACAACCUGAAAAGAGGUCAACGACAUGUCAAAGACCUCUUUGAGGAGCGUCAUGUAUAUGUUUCUUCUGGAUACAUUCUUUGGGUGUAAUGUAUUGUUCUAACAUGACAAAUAAAGUGUUCUAUAUAAAACAAUCCUAA